AUAUCAUCAAAUAUAGUGACCAAAUUCGCAUAUAUUAUCAGCAAGUAUAUUGAUCAAUGGAGUCGUACGUGGGGUUUGAUCAAUGGCCCGCCCAAGGGAGAAAUUAAAGGAGAUGAUGAGAGUAGUAUAAGUAAGUUGUCGUAUUCAUUGGGCGGCCCAUCGCUUGCUUCACGUGGACAGCUCGUGCGACAAUGUGGGUUGAAAACGACGUCGUUCAAUUGUUGUUGGAUUGACUUCUCUCGAUCUAUACCUGCAAUAACAUAUAGCUAUAUCAUUUCAUGAUUCUCCCCCCGGCCACUCCUUACAAAGAAAGAAUCUCCCAUGCACAAAAAGCAAAACCCAAAGCUAUAACCCAAGAGAGGGAGACAAAGAAUAUUGGGCACGUAACACUUUAAUCUUUAUUAUGGGUUUAGGGCAUCCAGGUUGGUCCUGGCUACAAUAUUAUCUAGAUUCCAUCCUCUUCUCCUUGUAAUAUAAAUACCUUCAUCAUCAUCUCCCCUUCUUCCUCAUCACCACCAACAUUACCUACUUCUGUUCAAGAACCUUCUCUCUUACUCAAACACAAACAGACUGAUCACACAUAUCAUUGUAUAGCACAUAAUGUCAGGAGUGUGGGUGUUCAAGAACAACGGGGUGAUCCGCUUGGUGGAGAACCCUAACUGCAGCGACAUGGACGGAGGCAGCCGCCAGAGCAGCAGCAGGAGGACAAAGGUUUUGGUGCACCUGCCGAGCGGGCAGGCGGUGACUUCCUACUCGGCGCUGGAGCACAUCCUGUUCGGUUUGGGGUGGGAGAGGUACUACGGCGGCGGCGGCGGCGGAGAGCCGGAGCUGCUGCAGUUCCACAAGAGGUCUUCCAUCGACCUCAUCUCCCUCCCGCGAGACUUCCAGAGGUUCAGCUCCGUCUACAUGUACGACAUCGUCGUCAAGAACCCCAACCUCUUCCACGUCCGUGAUGAGUACAUCCAAUAACUAUAUUAUAUUAUAUUGCAGUCAGCAAAGAGCUGCAUGCGUGCAUGCAUGGAUCCAUGCAAAUACAAAUAAUUGAGUGUCUCUGUUGGUUGGUCGGUUGUUUUAUGCUUGGAAGGUAAGUUUGUGUAUAGGUUGUCAGCUGUGGCUAGCUGUGAUUUGAUAUCACGAAUGGGUUUCUGUGUUCUUGUACACUUUCUACUAUAUACAAGGGUUUUUUUUUUUAAAUAGUGAAUUCUGGUUUCUCCAUCUUUGAUUUUGUCAUGAACCAACCAUAUAGUUACGUUUCAAAUAACUCGAGUUAUAUGGAGAUAUGUUCAUGUACAGAUUUUGAAGUUUGAACAAGUCCGUCAUACCAUAUGCUUUAAGAUCACGGGUAUUGGUGGGUCGUGAAGACUUGAAAAAGUGACAUCAAAUACAAACAGCUAUGAUACCAUGUCAUAAACGAAUUGGUCCCAUAAAACACGAGUUAUUAGUAGGCCCGAUGGCGGAGCCAAUGUAAAAAGAGCGUGUGGGUCGUCCCGUGACCCACCCCUUAAUGCGGAAGAUCGCGAAGAACGCGUAAAUAUAAAUACAGUUUUUAA